AUGUCCAACCUUAAUGGCCAAAUCAAAGUGUCCAAUGAAGAGGAAGAUUUCUUAAAAGUGUUGAAUUUACCUGGUGUCUCAGUUCUUCCCAUGGUACUAAAAGCUGCCAUCGAGCUCGAUUUAUUCGAGAUCAUGGCAAAAGCUGAUCACCCAAGUGCCCAGCUCUCGGCUCGUGAGAUCGCAUCCUUUCUUCCAACACAGAACCCAGAUGCCCCAGCAAUGCUUGAUCGGAUGCUGAGAGUCCUUGCUAGCAACUCCAUCCUGACUUGCACUCUCAUCACAGAUGACGAUGGACAUGCAAAAAGAUUAUAUGGCUUGGAACCUAUAUGCAGACACUUUGUCAACGAUCAUCAUGGAGUUUCUCUCUCUCCAACUAUACUCUUACUUCAAGACAAAGUAAUCAUUGAUAGUUGGCACCACCUGAAAGAUGCAAUUAUAGAUGGAGGAAUCCCAUUUAACAAGGCCCAUGGGAUGCAUGCAUUCGAAUACCAUGGAAAAGACAACAGAUUUAAUGAGGUUUUCAAUAAUGGGAUGCACAGCCACACCACUACAGUUAUGAACAAAAUUCUUGAAACGUACAAGGGAUUUGAGGGCAUACAAGAGGUAGUAGACGUGGGUGGUGGGUUUGGUGCCACACUGAGGAGAAUAGUUUCCAAGUACCCUAAUAUUAGGGGUAUUAACUUUGAUCUGCCUCAUGUGAUUAAAGAUGCACCUCCUUGCCCAGGUGUGGAGCAUGUUGGGGGAGAUAUGUUCAAAAGUGUUCCAAAAGGCGAAGUCAUCUUCAUGAAGUGGAUACUUCAUGAUUGGAGUGAUGAUCACUGCUUGAAGUUACUAAAGAAUUGCUGGAAUACACUACCAGAUUCGGGCAAAGUGAUAGUGGUAGAAUCGAUAUUGCCGGAAUAUCCAGAGACAGAUUUCAUGUCCCAAACUGUCAUUCGCUCGGACAUGUUAAUGUUGACAUUGAAUCCCGGUGGGAAAGAGAGGACAGAGAAAGAAUAUGAAGAAUUGGCAAGUGGAGCAGGAUUCACUACUGUGAAACUUGUAUGUCGUGUAUAUAGCUACUGGGUCAUAGAGUACUGCAAGGAAUAG